AUGAAGGCCACCCUCUUCCUCGUCGCCCUGACUCCCCUCGUCUCCGCCUGGAAGCUCGAGCUUUGGAGCAAGGACGGACGCAAGGCCACCAUGCACGGCACGGCGGACAGCGGCUGCAAGAACAUCGACUUCACCCCCGUGCUCAACGUCAACCGCGCCAAGUUCAGCCCCAAGACCGACUGGCACACCGACCCGGGCACCUUCGAGCUCUACGUCAACAAGAACUGCGACGGCCUGAGCUACCGCAACGACGGCGGCGACUACAAGAUGACGGCCCGCAAGAUCCGCAGCUACAAGGUCUACUAG